CUCUAAUUUAGGAACAUUUAUAUUGUGUGAGACAAUUUUUUUAUUUCAACCAGAAAGUUUACGUACUAAAUGUUGACAAUUUAUUUCCAUGAAUAACAAUUCGAAAAACAACCUGUAUACGAAAGAUGCAGGUUUUAAAAGGAGAUACUUAUCAUCUUGGAAAUCUUCAGAGAAAACAAGAACCGAUUGUAACAAACAAGCGCCCAAUGUCUUCACCAAUGUAAGCAGACGUUUAAUGAAAACAUAAAAUCAAUUCUCAAGUAUACUGAAAGUUUUAAGAAUAUUAUAAACCGGCUGUGUUAUAUGGCCUGAGCUGAACAACAUAAAUAACACAAGCCCUCCAGAAUCCAGAUCUACCCGCAUAAUUAUAACAGAUGUGUGUAAACCUGAGAGCUUUUGACAAGUGGCUGGUAACUUCCUAUACCUACUGCUUCUUGAAUAACGAAAGCUUUAUAAGGUCUUUGAGAAAAAUCCGACACGAAAAAGUAUGCCCUGAAGAUUUGGUCCACUUAUCUCUGCUCGGUUUUCAAAACGUGUUGGAAAUCAAUCUCCUAAAGCUUUUGGCUAUUAUUUCAUAACCUCAAGAAUAAAUGUUUGAAUAAUCUUCGUUAAAUACUCAUUCAAGGCUUUCAGGAAUUAUCUCCCUGAGUUAUUUCGUGACCUAACAUUUAUAUUAUACAAUAUUAUCAAGCUUAGUCCUAUUGGAUAUAACUUGAAGUUUUGUUCAUUUUCAAGGAUUAUCAAUAACUGAUUUUUUUUUUAUUUCAGGUGAGUUUCGAUGAGAACCAGCCUGCCAAUAUUUUGUUGGGAUGACGGGUAACUGAAGAUGGCUUCACCCACCCCAUCGAUAGAUUCAUUGCAUAGAGCAAAUUCGAUCGGAUCAUUUGGCGAGCACGGAGAAUACCUUUCUUUCCCACCAUCAGCCGAUUCACCUUUAUCGAUAACCGGAUCAUCUCCUCCAGUCAGCGAUUCCAUCGACCGAGACAACGACCCCAGCGAGUUCCACUGCCAACAGUGCAGAGACCCAGUCGGCGAGCCGAAAAUUAUCUCCUGUGGACACACAUUCUGCUCUAACUGCUUGGACAAGAAUCAGUUGAUCUGUCCUUGUUGUAAUACUGAGACUAUUGAAGGUAUUUUGAACAAUUUGUUAUUUAGUCCAGAGACCACUUCCGAAGCUUUCCAUUCUCCCGUAAGGUGCACCGGCUGCAAGACAAAAAAACUAGACGCCGUUGCACGUUGCGUCGAUUGUGCCAACUAUCUCUGUUCGAACUGCGUCAUGGCUCAUCAAUUCAUGCAUUGCUUCGAAGGUCACAGGGUGGUCAACCUUGCUGACGUCCGAGAAGAACCCAAAAAUACUCUUAUAUCCAACACAACCAUCAUCAACGGCGAAAAGUCCAUGAUGUGCCCCAGACACAAAGGAGAAACUCUGAAAUUCUUUUGCAGAACUUGCUCUGUACCAAUCUGCAAAGAAUGUAUCAACAUGGAACAUCCUGUUGGUAUCCACGAUUACGAACAUAUCGGUGAUGCUGCUAACAAACAGCUAGAAAUCAUCCAGCACGCUAUGCAAGAAGCUAAAGCUAAGGCUGCGGACGUCAAGAACGUAGUCAAGAACAUCGAACACGUAUCUGCCAGGCUCCAGGUACAAUUCCAAAAAGCACAAAACGAAGUCAACGAUACAUUUAUGUUUUAUAAAUCAAUGCUAGAAGAGCGGAAACAAGAAAUUCUGAAAGAAUUGGAGAGUGUCUAUUCGACUAAAACUCUGGCUUUAGAUGUUGCUGGUCAGAAAGGGCAAGACACAGUUGACCAAAUCUUCAAAACGUGUGACUUCGUCGAUAGGCUGAACAAAUGCGCCACCAUAGUCGAGAUUCUAAUGUUCAAGAAGUUACUGGACACCAAAUUACAAGGCCUGAUGAACUUCAAUAUCGAUCAGAAUGUCUUGUUGGCUGCUGAGUUGGAAUUUGUGUCUAACUACCAGGCCAUCCAAGUAGGUGUCAGGAAUACCUUCGGCUAUGUAAGGUCCAACUCUGAAGUUCCCGGACCGAUCAGACAGCCUCCUAUCGCAAGACCCACCGGAGGAUCCAGCUCUAGCGGUAGCAGUGUCAACGGUAGCUCUGGAAGUCUAAACGGCGGUAUGCAUUCUCAGUUUUCUCUCGGCGGGUCUAGCCAAUCGACGUCGCCGUUCGAUUCCAACAUCAUCAGCAAGAGAUUCAGCAGUGCUAACAGCUUGGGACCCUUCUCUACCACCAUAGGAGAUCUCGGUAUCAAUGGUAUCAACCCCUACGAAAAGUGGUCGAAUGGUGGAGGAGACAGCAUUUUCCAAACCAACAACGCCGAUCCUUACUCUUUGACCAGCUCUUCACACCCCGAUUCAAUGCUUGAAUUGACGUCUAAACUCAUGUCCACAGCGAUAUUCCCCCCCAAGUCUCAGAUCAAGAGGCAGAAGAUGAUCUACCAUUGCAAGUUCGGCGAAUUUGGGGUUAUGGAGGGACAAUUUACGGAACCUAGCGGAGUUGCCGUGAACGCCCAAAACGACAUUAUAGUAGCAGAUACCAACAACCACCGCAUCCAGAUAUUCGACAAAGAGGGCAGGUUCAAAUUCCAAUUUGGCGAAUGCGGCAAAAGAGACGGCCAACUGCUGUACCCCAAUAGGGUCGCCGUGGUGCGCACCUCAGGCGAUAUAAUCGUAACCGAGAGAUCACCAACACACCAAAUACAGAUCUACAACCAAUACGGACAGUUCGUACGCAAGUUCGGCGCCAACAUUCUCCAGCACCCCAGAGGUGUCACCGUUGACAACAAGGGACGUAUAGUUGUCGUUGAAUGCAAAGUGAUGCGCGUCAUCAUCUUCGACCAGACCGGUGCCGUUUUACAGAAAUUCGGAUGCUCCAAGCAUCUCGAAUUUCCGAAUGGCGUCGUCGUCAACGAUAAGCAAGAGAUCUUCAUCAGCGACAAUAGAGCCCAUUGCGUGAAGGUGUUCAGUUAUGAGGGCGUUUACUUGAGACAGAUAGGCGGGGAGGGAAUCACUAACUAUCCCAUUGGUGUUGGUAUCAACUCCAACGGGGAGAUAUUGAUCGCCGACAACCACAACAACUUCAACCUCACCAUCUUCAGCCAGGAUGGACAAUUGGUAUCAGCGUUAGAGAGCAAGGUGAAACAUGCACAAUGCUUCGACGUUGCUCUGAUGGACGAUGGUUCAGUUGUGUUAGCUAGUAAAGACUACCGUCUGUACAUCUACAGAUACGUACAGGUACCGCCUAUCGGUCUCUAAAGGCUUCGUCGAUCCGUGAGUUCGCAGACAGGGUCUCCAGCCGCCAUUCCCUACACUUUUUGUUGAUGCAUUCUUGAAUGGAGUGGUCUGAUGCUGGUCUGUUGUCAUAAUAUAUUAUUGCUAUUUAUAUAAAUGUCCAAAAUUGUAAACAAUAUUUAUUCAUUAUCGCCAUAAUUUUGUAUCGUAGCGUAUAAUCAAUUUCACAUACUGAUAUUUUUAAUAUUUGAUGUACGAUAUGAUUAUAAUAAUCAUGACGAUGCUGACGCGUUUAGAUGACUGGUUAAAAACCAAAACGAGUGUUGACCGAUUACGUAUAUGGGGACAUUGUUUGAAAAUGCAAUUCGAGUGAUUUAACCAGACAUCCCAGUAAAUGGGCCAUUGUUGAAAAUUGAGCAUCAGUUUCCGAUAUUGAUAAGAUAAUUCUAUUUUAAUAUGUGUACGAUGCUGUGUAUGUCAUUUUUUAAUUGAUUAAAUGUUGUUGUUAGCGGGAUGCCGCGUUGUUAGCGACCCUAGUCAUCCACGAACUGUACUUUUUAUAGAUGUUUUGUUUAGUUUUUUUUCAUAUCAAAUUUAUUAUUCGCCCGUGCUGUUACUUGCACAAUAUUGAUUUUUCUGUAGGAACCGAGUGCCGUGCCCAACCAGCAACUAAGACCGCCAGUUUCUUUUUGACAUUUCAUUGUUUGAUUUUUUUAUUACUACUGAGUAUUUGAAUUAAUUUUUUUUUUUUUUUGUUUUAACGUUAGUGAAUGCAAGUGUGUGCCUGCAAUAAUUACCAAUCUCUAUUAAUUUAGUUCGUAGAUAGUAGUUUUAUCGAUAGCCGUUUUUUUUGUUUUUUCCUUCUUCCAUCUUGGGUAAUUCUGAAACCGGUUCGUUCACUUCCAGCUCCAAGACAGUAUUAUUUUUUAAGUUUUCGAACGUGUUCAUUGUUAAAUAAAUUAGCUCAUAUAAUACUCAGAUCUAAUCCAGACUUUGUUAACGUAUUCACCUUUUUCCUGGAAGAGAACGAUACCAGUCGGAAUUCCCUAAGAAUUGUCAACAAUCUUAUUCUCAAUUGAGUGGUCAAUUUACAAAAAAGUAUCGUGAUUGAUUUUUUGUUCUGACCAUUCAGACAUAUAUAUUGGAACAAGGUGUACCUCGAAUUUAUUGAACAAGUAUUCUAUUAUUGUGUUUUUUUCUUUCUAGAUUUGUUGUAUUGUUCUAUAUUUUAUGUUUUAUCUCUUUAUUUGCUUAAGAGCCGUGAUUUACUGUUCUUUGUUGGUGAAGACUAUGGGACCAUACUGAUUAGACGUUAACUGUCGAUCGAUCUGACAAAAAAUCAAUCAUGCAUUAAAGUUGUUAACGCUGCCUAAUAUAAGAUAUUUGCCACGUGUCGUAUGUUGACAUAUCUGCCGAAACCUUGUUUUCGGUAACUUAUAAGACUAUUUCUAGAUUUGUAGUUUUUUUUUUCCAAUUUAUUUUGAUUUUAUUAUUACAUUGUGAGCACACAUUGACGUGAUCUCAAUCGCCUCUCUUUUUUAUAAAAAAAUUUCACUAAGGAGUCACGUCUAUGGUCGCUCCUUUUCAAUCCAUCGUUAUCAUAACUUUAUGUAUUAUUUAUAUUAUUAUAUACAUUAUUGUUGUUUUUGAGGCGGAGUUAAUUGAGGAAACAGACCUGCAUGAUCUCAUGUCUUAGCUGGUACUGUUUGCACUUUUCACAUCACUGACGUGAUUCGUCUGGGUGCGCCUCCGACAAGUGUUAUGUUGUUUCAUAUAUCUUUAAAUAGUACUCUAUAUUUUUCUAUUGUUCCUGGACCUGCCUUGGAGGCACACCCAGUGUUUGAUUGUCAAAUUGUAGCCGGACUUUACUUCACUCUUUAACUUGUUGUUAUUAUUAUUAUCACUUUAAAUGAUAAUCUUGUUCUUAAAUUAAAUGUAAAUUGUUUUGUUUUUCUUUGAUUUUUUGUUGUAAAUGCUUUUUUGAUUAAUAAUACCAGUUUCUGCAGUUUUCA